UGACAUUUCACAUACACUAUAUUGCCAAAUGUAUUAUUGGAACACCCCUACAAAUCAUUGGUUUCAGGUGUUCCAAUCACCUCCAUGGCCACAGGUAUAUAAAAUCAAUCAAUUAGGCAUGCAGACUGCUUCUAAAACAUUUGUGAAAGAAUGGGUCACUCUCAGGAGCUCAGUGAACUCAAGUGUGGUACUGUGAUAGGUUGCCACCUGUGCAAUAAGUCCAUCCAUGACAUUUUCUUGCUACUAAAAUAUUCCACGGUCAACUGUUAGUGGUAUUGUAACAAAGUGGAAGCAACUGGGAACAACAGCAACUCAGCCAUGAAGUGGUAGGCCACCUAAAAUGACAGAGCGGGGUUAGCGCAUGCUGAAGCUCACAGUGCGCAAGAGUCGCCAAAUGUCUGCAGAGUCACUAGCUAAAGACCUGCAAACUUUGUGUGGCCUUCAAAUUAGCACAACAACUGUGCGCAGGGAAAUUCAUGGAAUGGGUUUUCAUGGCCAAGCAGCUGCAUCUAAGCCUUAUAUCACCAAGUGCAAUGCAAAGCAUCGGAUGCAGUGGUGUAAAUUAGGCUGCCACUGGACUCUAGAGCGGUACUUGCCUGACUUCAUUGUGCCAAGUGUAAAGUUU